AUGGAGGAUUUUGAGCUAAUUCGAAAAAAUGAAGCAGAUCCAUAUUAUUUUAAUCCUUGCCUUAAGUUUGAAGAGCACAUUGUCGAUGGAUUUCUUUCCAUUUGCAAGGCUCCUCCUCCCUUCUCCUUCGUUGCUUCCCAGGCUCGUAAUAAGCAAUCUGUAGGUGCAGUCACUACCGAACGCUUUCCUGCUUUAACUAAUGAAAGAUUUUUUGGAAAUAAGAAAACCCCAGGCGUCUCCGACUCACAAGUGUUUUGCUCUAUUGAACCUCAAGAAUUGCCCUUUACUUUCGAAAGAGACACUUCGAAAGCAAAGCAUAAAAGAUCUCGAGCAUUGCUUCUCAAAGACAAAAGAGCAAGGUAUUAA